AGACAGAGACUCUCAUGUACAGACCGUACAACGAUGGUGGCGACGCCUUCACGCGUCCCAAUCCCGGGUUGUCUCGUAACUCGACCAAUGUCAGCUGGAGCACGAAGAUUCGCGGCGCGGUUCAGAUCGGACAAGGGCUUACAGACACGCUCCGUGGAACGCUCGGCGCAAGCGAUUUUGGGCCCCACAGAUUCUCGUCGAGCGAUGAGAUCGCAGGCCGCGGCAGACACCAAAUUGCCCAGGGUUUGGCGAGAAUCAGGGGUGUGCCCACGGAUCUCCCGCCCGCACCUCUUAACUCUGGACAGCAAAACUCCCGACCGAUCUCGCAGUAUGACGAGCGUCCGCGCUCGGCAUCUCUCUCGGGCUGGUACCGCCGCUCCUUCUCGGGGAUCCCCGUCGGCCCGCAGCCACAAAAUCCGCACCGCAAUCCGUCCACGCGAUCCACGCCGUUCGACAAAUUCUACGAGGAUCCCGUUGGACCGCAAUCAGCGCAUGGAACGCCGCCGGAAGAUGCCCCGGACCCAGGUUUUGCGGGUCUCGGAGCCGGCGUAGAUCCCAGCAGCAGACGCAAAGACGGGAGCGAUCGCAUCUCGCCCGCAUUUAUGACGAACAGGUCGGCGUCGGCGUCGACGUCGUCUACGAACACAGUGUACCCUCGUCCCACGUUCAGCGCGCAGACGUCGGCCACAGUCAGUGUAUAUCCCCGCAGCCCGGGUGCAUAUCUCACUGUUCCCGUACCCGAGUCGUAUUUCCCGCCGUCGGCGGCGACUGCUCCGCGGACUCCCCCGCCUCUUCCCCCGCGUCGGAGGCCAACCGCGCCACUGCCGCCUGAGCUUGCGUCUGAUUCAGCUUCUGUGACCGAGCAGGGCAGCUGCCUCCCGACGUUCGGACGAAGCAGAAGCACUCCGCCCUGUCCAAUCGAUGCGCUACCAAACCGGCCCCCCGCUCGCCGGGAUGUGUCAGGCUUGGAGCAAGGCGGGUAUUCCGUGAUGACAUACGACGCCAAGGACGCACUCCCGUCCUGGCCACCCAGUGGCAGUGCAUCGCAAGCGAGCUCGUCGUCUUCUGCAAGAUUGCACCCGCAACCGCACCAGCACGAAGCGCGGCUGGAGCAUGCUGGGUACGACGUGCUGCCCUAUGAUGCCAAGGACAGUUACCCUACCUGGCCAUCCGAGCGGGAGAUGCGCGGAAGCAACACCCGCACCCCGGGACGCGCGGAGCCCAAACUCGAGCCGCUACGACGUGUCAGGUGAAUGUACUUGUGGACGUUUGAUCUAGAGCGACAGACAGCAGAUCCAGCUACAUCAUGUAUACACGAUACACAUCAUACACGGUACUCAUCUUCGCAACAAUCGACCUCAGGGAUCAAUGGAAGCG